UUCCGACUCCGACUCCGCGGGCGCGUCCAAGGCGGCGGCGAUGGGGACCGUGGGCGCGGGGCUCGUGGACUGUCAUUGCCACCUUUCCGCCCCAGACUUUGAUCGCGAUCUGGAUGAUGUGUUGGAGAAAGCCAAGAAGGCCAAUGUUAUGGCCCUUGUGGCAGUUGCUGAACAUUCAGGAGAAUUUGAAAAGAUCAUGCAGCUUUCAGAAAGGUACAGUGGAUUUAUCCUGCCAUGCUUGGGUGUUCACCCAGUUCAGGGACUUCUACCAGAAGAUCAAAGAAGUGUCACAUUAAAGGAUUUGGAUAUAGCUUUGCCCAUUAUCGAAAAUUAUAGGGAUCAGUUGUUGGCAAUUGGAGAGGUCGGGCUCGACUUUUCCCCCCGGUUUGCCAGCACUGAUGAACAGAAGGAAGAACAAAGACAAGUCCUAAUCAGACAGGUCCAGUUAGCCCGAAGACUGAAUCUGCCUCUAAAUGUUCACUCACGCUCAGCUGGAAGACCCACCAUCAACCUCUUACUUGAGCAAGGCGCUGACAAGGUGCUGCUGCACGCGUUUGACGGCCGGCCAUCUGUGGCCAUGAAAGGAGUAAGAGCUGGGUACUUCUUUUCAAUUCCGCCUUCUGUCGUCAGAAGUGGACAGAAGCAGAAACUUGUGGAACAGUUGCCUCUCACUUCUGUGUGCUUAGAAACAGACUCACCUGCACUAGGACCAGAAAAACAAGUGCGGAAUGAGCCUCGGAACAUUUACAUUUCAGCAGAAUAUAUUGCCCAGGUGAAAGGGAUCUCAGUGGAAGAAGUUAUAGAAGUGACCACACAGAAUGCAUUGAAACUUUUUCCCAAGCUACAGCAGCUGCUCCGGAAAUAGCUUCAAAACCAUCAAUUACAAAACCAAGUCAGCUGCAGGGGGCAAUAUUUGAGGGAAAAUAGUGUCCUGGUUAAGAAUCUGAACUGAAGAAGCCAUUUUAUAGAGAUUUAGGAGAUUAUAAUUUUAGAGAAAUAUUUGCUUUUAGAUCCUGGAAACCUGGGUUCUCCUUCUAGCCUCGUGCUGCUUUUCAGUUAAUGGAGUCCUGACAGGAGAUCAGGAAGCUCUGCUGCUUCCCGUCUUCUCGUCAAGUAGAACCACCUCAGGAGCCGAAACCAUUUCUUCAGGGAAGGGCGGGCCCCCACAGGUGAGAGACAAGCACCUCAGCGAGCAGGAGCGAGCAGGCUGCAUGGCAGUCCUUCACCACCUGGUUUACUUCCUGCACGAUUUACCCAGUAAAGGGCGAGUGUCUAGUUCCACACGUCAGAAAUCUUCCCUUUUCUAGGUUUGUAAAAUUGAACUGUCAGUACUUUGAUUUCUCUCCUUUCAAGAGAAAAAUAUACAAAGUUUUCAUAUUGAUCUUAGAUUUUGAUUGAU